GUUGGCAGUGCAGAAAAGACGACAGAAGGCUGCUGGAGCCGUCCAGGAGAUGUUAUUGUUUUGCAUUUGAACUAACAAGGCUUUUCGGUAAAUAUAUAUCUUUCCAACUUCAGCUACAGUGAUAGCUAAGUUUGGAAAGGAGAAAGGGUAGCUUUGGCGUGCGUUUAUCGAAAAUUCUAUGCACAGAGGAUCGCCUGUACAAAGGGAAAUAAAUAUUGACUUAAUUAUUUUGAGGAAAAUAUUACAAAUGGAUAACGCGGGACCUAAGAAACGUUGCUGUGGUAGGUCAAUGUUAUGUUUUCAGUGCUUUUACAAGGACUCAUUCGAAUGGAAUAUUUGAUCAAGUGUUGAUAACUGCCGAUCUAUUGUAGUAUUGACCACAGGUGUUCCGAUAUCAAUAACGAAUCGUAAACAUCCUUUCUCUUGCAGAAUCAGUCCAAUCGUUCUUUACAUCACCAAAGUUCCUUAUUUACCUGGGACAUGCCCUCUCGACAUGGGUAAGUGAAUCAAAAGUAGCCAAUACAAAAUAUCACAACCAUUGUAAACCACUACAGUAAAAGAAGGUGUAGGUAGGCUAUCACCCUAAUUGCUCAUCAUAGGUGGAGGGUCAUUUGACAAAAUCUUAUAGCUUAUUUAUGUUUUAGAAUAGGGACACACGUAUGGGAUAUAUAGGCUAUUUCCCAUCCCUUACUUGAAAAAAAACAUCGAUAAAGUCCAAUCGCACAUCAGUGGACACAUGGAUGGUUCCAUAUAAUGUGCAAUGGUCUUUACAAUAUUUGUUCUGUCAUGGUAUUUCUAAAUCAGGUGAUUGCAUUUAUUUAGAUCAUGUUUCUUUUGUGUACAGUCCUUGAAAGUAGACCAUUAUUAAUUUAUACAGGAUACGGGAUUGCUUUAUAUAGGCUCGAUAGUAGACUAGGAUCAUGUUUCUGCAAGCAUCAUCCAUCUACUGUAGCCUAGUGUGCAGUACAUUUUAACAGCUGGUUGCAACCUGUUCUCAGAGCAUUUCUUAUUAUUCUGUAAGUAAAACCAAGACACUCCAUUUAAUAUAAUAUGUUACGUUUCGUAUGGUAUGUAUUAAUUACGAAUGGGAAACAUUUGUUACAAAUUUGCCAAACAUACUAUGUGGUACGCAUUUGGAAAACAUAUGAUAUGUUACGAAUUCUAGCUAGGUGGUUAACGUUAGCUAGGCUAGGGGUUAAGGUUAGAGUUAAGUUUAGGAGUUAGGUUAGGGGAAGGGUUAGCUAAAAGGGUUAGGGUUAGCUAACAUGCUAAGUAGUUGGAAAGUAACUAAAAAGUAGUAAGUAGUUGAAAAGUUGCUAAAAUGCAAAAGUUGUCCGUUAUGAGAUUCUAACUUACAACCUUUGGGUUGCUAGAUGUUCACGUUAUACGCCCACCCAUCAACCCUACUUUUGUUUUUGCCUUAAGUAACCAUCUGUCUUAUGUAACCAUACCAAACGUAACAUAUCGUACACAUUUUAUUGUGCCAGAUUUACAUUUACUAUGUUACGUCUAGUCUAUGAGACCAGGCUGCUGAUUGAAACAACAAUGUAACAUGCAUGUAUUUGUAGGGAGAUCGUAUGUGGAAUUUCGCUGUAGCUGUAUUUCUGGUGGGGCUGUAUGGCAACAGCCUCCUGCUCACGGCCGUGUACGGACUGGUGGUGGCAGGGUCAGUCCUGCUGCUUGGAGCCAUUAUCGGUGACUGGGUGGAUAAAAACCCCAGACUCAAAGGUAUGCAGCCAUAAGUAGGCCUACUCUACAGUUAGUGUUUCUGAACAGAACUGAAUACAUGAAUAAGCAAUAUACAUAGUCUCAAAACAUUAGUAAAUUGUACAUUUUCUUUGGGAUUAGAAUUUUUUGGGAAUGUGUUAAUUGAAUGGAAAUUGGCAUAAAUCUCUAUUCGAGACCAUUAAAAUAACUCUAUGCGUCUUGGGGGAAAUCUCCAAUUAAGUGAUUUACUCAGACAGAAAUCAAUUGUUUAUGACCAACCCCACAUCUCUAAUGCUUGUCCUCUAAUUUGAUAGUGGCCCAGACUUCACUGGUUGUCCAGAACUGUGCCGUCAUACUGUGUGGGAUCCUCUUGAUGGUGAUUUUCCAGUUCAAAGAACAGCUUGCAGAGUUAUAUAAUGGAUGGGUUCUGGUAAGAUUCCAUUGCCUCGACUUUCUCAUACUAUCAUUUUAAACUUAUAAUUGAAUGGUUAUUUGCAGCAGAAGCAUUUACAUCAUUGUCUAAUAUGAUGUAAAAUCCAUAAUUUAAAACAACCUUUACAUAUAAAUUCAGCCUCUGGACAGUAGCCUAGGCUACACAUUGAAGAAUGUCUGAAAGUGUUCUUCACUUUGGCUUUGAAAUUAGCUACACCAGUAUUUUACACUGAGAUCUCAAGUUCACUCAAUUACCUCACAUUUGAAACAGCAGGCCUUGGACAGUGUCUUGCCUGAGUAGCAAUCAAGAGAAACUUGUUUGAUUCUUAAGAUUACACAAGGGUUUGCCAGGAAACAUGUUUGGCUUCUUGAAGGGGCUUGUUCUUUUGGUUGAAUGUGUAGAUCGGGUCCAAAUUAGCAGAAUUAAUUUACAUUGCACAGCAAGACUUUGUCCCAUGGAAGAAACCCUGUGCCUUGUUUUUUGUUAAUAAAAGAAGACUGUUGCAAUAGCGAGUGUUACAAUCUGCUGGCUGCUACACUAUCAGGAUCAUGAACAAAGUGUCUCUCACGUGGUGUAUUGUGGGACAAAUCAUGUUUUUUGUGAAGGGGCCAUGGUUUUUGAGAGAGGGGGUAGGGGGUUGCUGUAAGUUGUCUGGUAUUUGUGUGCUUCUGGAGAUGGGGGCGAAACAGGAGAUUGAGUGUCUUGUUCAUGACUGUGUAGUCAGCAGGUUCUUCUAGGGCUGUCAUGUGAGGUCUAGAAAUGCUGCCUUACCAGUUGAGUCAAUCCAUCUGUAUUCCUCUGGCCAGAACAGCUGCAACCAUAAAUACACAACAAAAAACAAACAAAACAGCAGGCAUGUUUGUUUCACUCUCACACUGGCUGAUGGCUGUCAAGCAUUGUAGUGUUAGCGGUUUCUAGAUGAAAUAAUAUGCUAAGCUGAACAAUACAGUAGUUUUUCCUUGUUGUUGUUGAGUGUAAGUGCUAGAUAUAGACACGAAGAAGUCCACAGGGGCCGACAAACUUGAGCUGGGUCUGCUUAACUGCGCAGCUCCCCUCAUCGCUGGCUCAAUAACCCACAUUUCAAAUUGUAAUAUUGAUAUCGGGAAAUAUUCCAAAAGUAUGGAAGGCUGCUUAUGUGCUGCUGCUCCAUAAGGGUGGGAACACUAGUGUUCUUGAAAAUUAUUGUCCCAUUUCUAGGCUUUCUUGUCUAGCUAAGAUUCUUGAAUCUUUGGUAAAUGUACAACUUUGUUCCUUUUUAUCUGAGAAUUGUAUUCUGAAUGUACAUAAAUUGGGGUUUAGACCAGGGCACAGUACUAUUACUGCAACCACAUUAGUUGUACAUUAUAUUGUCAAUGUUUUAGAUGCCAAAAUUAAUUGUGCUGCCUUGUUUGUGGACUUGUCAAAGGCUUUUAACAUAGUUGAUCAUUUUAUUUUAUUGAACAAGGCCUGGGCACGGAAGCCUGUAUGUGGUUUCAGAACUCUCUCAGUAAUAGAACUCAGGCUAUUGUGACAGAGGGGUUCAAAUCUGAAUUCCUUGAAGUGCAUAAAGGGGUACCCCAGGGUUCGAUUUUGGGGACACUGUAGAAGUCCCCUGUAGCUCUGUUGGUAGAGCAUGGCGCUUGCAAUGCCAGGGUUGUGGGUUCGUUUCCCACGGGGGGCCAGUAUGAAAAUGUAUGCACUCACUAACUGUAAGUCGCUCUGGAUAAGAGCGUCUGCUAAAUGACUAAAAUGUAAAUGUAUAUAAAUGACAUUGGAAAUACUGUGAAAAAUUGUAAUAUACAUUUUUAUGCUGAUGAUACAGUAUUGUACUCUAUUGCACCAUCUGUAAACCAAGCCUUUUCACAUUUGCAGUCUGAUUUCCAAGCGCUACAGAAGUCACUCUUGGAUCUUAAGUUAGUACUUAAUGCAAACAAAACAAAAUACAUGCUAUUUUCUAGGUCCCAUAACUUAGAGUUAAGUGGCCUUGAAAGUACUAGCCUGAAAGUACAAACCCACACUAUCUACCGAGAGAGUUUAUCUAUAUUUUUCGUAGCAGUCUAUUUACCACCACAAACCGAUGCUGGCACUAAGACCUGAGCUGUAUAAGGCCAUAAGCAAACAAAAUGCUCAUCCAGAAGCGGCGCUCCUAGUGGCCAGGGACUUUAAUGCAGGCAAACUUAAAUCAGUUUUACCUAAUGUCUUCACGUGCAACCAGAGGAAAAAAAAAAAACUCUAGACCAACUUUACUCCACACACAGAGAUGCAUACAAAGCUCUCCCUCGCCCUCCCAUUUGGGAAAUCUGACCAUAAUUCUAUCCUCCUGAUUCCUGCUUACAAGCAAAACUAAAGCAGGAAGGACCAGUGACUCGCUCAAUACGGAAGUGGUCAGAUGACGCAGAUGCUACGCUACAGGACUGUUUUGCUAGCACAGACUGGAAUAUGUUCCGGGAUUCAUCCAAUGGCAUUGAGGAGUAUACCACCUCAGUCACCGGCUUCAUCAGUAAGUGCAUCGACGGCGUCGUCCCCACAGUGACCAUACGUACAUAUCCCAACCAGAAGCCAUGGAUUACAGGCAAUAUCCGCACCGAGCUAAAGGCUAGGUGCUUUCAAGGAGCGGGACACUAAUCCGGACGUUUAUAAGAAAUCCCGCUAUGCCCUCAGACGAACCAUCAAACAGGCAAAGCGUCAAUACAGGACUAAGAUUGAAUCCUACUAUACAGGCUCUGAUGCUCGUCGGAUGUUGCAGGGCUUGCAAACUAGUACGGACUACAAAGGGACGCGGGCCUACCAGAUGAGCUAAAUGCCUUUUCUGCUCGCUUCGAGGCAAGCAACACUGAAGCAUGCAUGAGAGCACCAGCUGUUCCUGACGACUGUGUGAUCAAGCUCUCUGUAGCCGAUGUGAGCAAGACCUUUAAACAGGUCAACAUUCACAAGGACGCGGGGCCAGACGGAUUACCAGGACGUGUACUCCGAGCAUGCGUGGACCAACUGGCAAGUGUCUUAACUGACAUUUCAAACUCUCCCUGCCCGAGUCUGUAAUACCUACAGUGGCUUGCGAAAGUAUUCACCACCCUUGGCAUUUUUCCUAUUUUGUUGCCUUACAACCUGGAAUUAAAAUGGAUUUUGGGGGGGUUUGUAUCAUUUGAUUUACACAACAUGCCUACCACUUUGAAGAUGCAAAAUAUGUUUUAUUGUGAAACAAACAAGAAAUAAGAAAAUAAAAACUGAACUUGAGCGUGCAUAACUAUUCACCCCCCCAAAGUCAAUACUUUGUAGAGCCACCUUUUGCAGCAAUUACAGCUGCAAGUCUCUUGGGGUAUGUCUCUAUAAGCUUGGCACAUCUAGCCACUGGGAUUUUUGCCCAUUAUUCAAGGCAAAACUGCUCUAGCUCCUUCAAGAUGGAUGGGUUCCGCUGGUGUACAGCAAUCUUUAAGUCAUACCACAGAUUCUCAAUUGGAUUGAGGUCUGGGCAUUGACUAGGCCAUUCCAAGACAUUUAAAUGUUUCCCCUUAAACCACUCAAGUGUUGCUUUGGCAGUAUGCUUAGGGUCAUUGUCCUGCUGGAAGGUGAAUCUCCGUCCCAGUCUCAAAUCUCUGGAAGAAAGAAACAGGUUUCCCUCAAGAAUUUCCCUGUAUUUAGCGCCAUCCUUCAAUUCUGACCAGUUUCCCAGUCCCUGCCGAUGGAAAAACAUCCCUACAGCAUGAUGCUGCCACCACCAUGCUUCACUGUGGGGAUGGUGUUCUCGGGGUGAUGAGAGGUGUUGGGUUUGCGCCAGACAUAGCGUUUUCCUUGAUGGCCAAAAAGCUCAAUUUGUCUCAUCUGACCAGAGUACCUUCUUCCAUAUGUUUGGGGAGUCUCCCACAUGGCUUUUGGCGAACACCAAACGUGUUUGCUUAUUUUUUUCUUUAAGCAAUGGAUUUUUUCUGGCCACUCUUCCGUAAAGCCCAGCUCUGUGGAGUGUACGGCUUAGUGGUCCUAUGGACAGAUACUCCAAUCUCCGCUGUGGAGCUUUGCAGCUCCUUCAGGGUUAUCUUUGGUUUCUUUGUUGCCUCUUUGAUUAAUGCCCUCCUUGCCUGGUCCGUGAGUUUUGGUGGGCGGCCCUCUCUUGGCAGGUUGGUUGUGGUGCCAUAUUCUUUCCAUUUUUUAAAUAAUGGAUUUAAAUGGUGCUCCGUGGGAUGUUCAAAGUUUCUGAUAUUUUUUUAUAACCCAAGCCUGUUCUGUACUUCUCCACAACUUUGUCCCUGACCUGUUUGGAGCGCGCCUUGGUCUUCAUGGUGCCGCUUGCUUGGUGGUGCCCCUUGCUUAGUGGAGUUGUAGACUCUGAGACCUUUCAGAUCAGGUGUGUAUAUAUACUGAGAUCAUCUGACAGAUCAUGUGACACUUAGAUUGCACACAGGUGGACUUUAUUUAACUAAUUAUGUGACUUCUGAAGGUAAUUGGUUGCACCAGAUCUUAUUUAGGGGUUUCAUAGCAAAGGGGGUGAAUACAUAUGCACGCACCACUUUUGAGUAAUUUAUUUUUUAGAAUUUUUUGAAACAAGUUAUUUUUUUCAUUUCACUUCACCAAUUUGGACUAUUUUGUGUAUGUCCAUUACAUGAAAUCCAAAUAAAAAUCAAUUUAAAUUACAGGUUGUAAUGCACCAAAAUAGGAAAAACGCCAAGGGGGAUGAAUAAUUUUGCAAGGCACUGUACAUGUUUCAAGCAGACCACCAUAGUCCCUGUGCCCAAGAUGGCCCCGGAGGGGAUGGCUGCCGUUUUUAUGGUCUCUUAACCAACCGUGCUAUUUUGUGUGUUUUUUCGCAUUGUUUGUAACUUAUUUUUUUAUAUAAUGUUGCUGCUACCGUCUCUUAUGACCGAAAAUAGCUUCUGGACAUCAGAACAGCGAUUACUCACCUUGAACUGGACGAAUAAUCUUUCUUUAAUAAGUCGGACGAGAGGGAUUUGCUCCAGACACCCGACAGGGCCCUCAUCCCGUCAUUCGCAGUAGAAAGAAAAGGAUAUAUCGCGGAAGGAGAUCGGGGUGCUUGGUAAGGAGCCGGCGACGAGUGGCUAAUCUGCCUUUGCCAUCGAUACUAUUGGCCAAUUUACAAUCGCUUGAUAAUAAAGUGGAUGAAAUACAGGCACGAAUAUCCUACCAACGGGACAUUCAAAACUGUAAUAUCUUAUGUUUCACCGAGUUGUGGCUGAACGACGACAUGAAUAACAUACAGCUGGCGAGUUAUACACUGUAUCGGCAGGAUAGAAUAGCAGCCUCUGGUAAGACAAGGGGUGGCGGUCUAUGUAUAUUUGUAAACAACAGCUGGUGCACGAUAUCUAAGGAAGUCUCAAGGUUUUAUUAGCCUGAGGUAGAGUAUCUCAUGAUAAGCUGUAGACCACACUAUCAUCUAUAAUCUUCGUAGCUGUCUAUUUACCACCACAAACCGAUGCUGGCACUAAGACCACACUCAAUGAACUGUAUACGGCCAUAAGGAAAACGCUCAUCGAGGCGGCGCUCCUAGUGGCCGGGGACUUUAAUGCAGGAAAACUUAAAUCAGUUUUACCUCAUUUCUACCAGCAUGUUAAAUGUGCAACCAGAGGGGGAAAAAACUCUAGACCACCUUUACUCCACACACAGAGACGCGUACACAAAGCUCUCCCUCGCCCUCCAUUUGGCAAAUCUGACCAUAAUUAUAUCCUCCUGAUUCCUGCUUACAAGCAAAAACUAAAGCAGGAAGCACCAGUGACUCGGUCAAUAAAAAAGUGGUCAGAUGAAGCAGAUGCUAAGCUACAGGACUGUUUUGCUAGCACAGACUGGAAUAUGUUCCAGGAUUCUUCCGAUGGCAUUAAGGAGUACACCACAUCAGUCACUGGCUUCAUCAAUAAGUGCAUCGAUGACGUUGUCCCCACAGUGACUGUACGUACAUACCCCAACAGGAAGCCAUGGAUUACAGGCAACAUCCACACUGAGCUAAAGGGUAGAGCUGCCGCUUUCAAGAAAUCCUGCUAUGCCCUCCGACGAACCAUCAAACAGGCAAAGCGUCAAUACAGGACUAAGAUCGAAUCGUACUACACCGGCUCCGAUGCUCGUUGGAUGUGGCAGGGCUUGCAAACUAUUACAGACUACAAAGGGAAGCACAGCCGCGAGCUGCCCAGUGACACAAGCCUACCAGACAAGCUAAAUUACUUCUAUGCUCGCUUCGAGGCAAGUAACACUGAAACAUGCAUGAGAGCAUCAGCUGUUCCGGACGACUGUGUGAUCACGCUCUCCGUAGCCGAUGUGAGUAAGACAUUAAACAGGUCAACAUUCACAAGGCCGCAGGGCCAUACGGAUUACCAGGACGUGUACUCCGAGCAUGCGCUGACCAACUGGCAAGUGUCUUCACUGACAUUUUCAACCUCUCCCUAUCGGAGUCUGUAAUACGAACAUGUUUCAAGCAGACCACCAUAGUCCCUGUGCCCAAGAACACUAAGGUAACCUGCCUAAAUGACUACCGACCCUUAGCACUCACAACUAUAGCCAUGAAGUGCUUUGAAAGGCUGGUCAUGGCUCACAUCAACACCAUUAUCCCAGAAACCCUAGACCCACUCCAAUUUGCAUACCGCCCCAACAGAUCCACAGAAGAUGCAAUCUCUAUUGCGCUCCACACUGCCCUUUCACACCUGGAAAAAAGGAACACCUAUGUGAGAAUGUUAUUCAUUGACUACAGCUCAGCGUUCAACACCAUAGUGCCUUCAAAGGUCAUCACUAAGCUAAGGACCCUGGGACUAAACACCUCCCUCUGCAACUGGAUCCUGGACUUCCUGACGGGCCGCCCCCAGGUGGUAAGGGUAGGUAACAACACAUCCGCCACGCUGAUCCUCAACACGGAGGCCCCUCAGGGGUGCGUGCUCAGUCCCCUCCUGUACUCCCUUUUCACUCAUGACUGCAUGGCCAGGCACGACUCCAACACCAUCAUUAAGUUUGCCGAUGACACAAGUGGUAGGCCUGAUCACCGACAACGACGACACAGCCUAUAGGGAGGAGGUCAGAGACCUGGCCGUGUGGUGCCAGGACAACAACCUCUCCCUCAACGUGAUCAAGACAAAGGAGAUUGUGUACUACAGGAAAAAUAUGAGGGCCGUGCACGCCCCCAUUCUCAUCGACAGGGCUGUAGUGGAGCAGGUUGAGAGCUUCAAGUUCCUUGGUGUCCACAUCACCAACAAACUAACAUGGUCCAAGCACACCAAGACAGUCGUGAAGAGGGCACGACAAAACCUAUUCCCACUAAGGAGACUGAAAAUAUUUGGCAUGGGUCCUCAGAUCCUCAAAAAGGUUCUACAGCUGCACCAUCGAGAGCAUCCUGACUGGUUGCAUCACUGCCUGGUAUGGUAACUGCUCGGCCUCUGACCGCAAGGCACUACAGAGGGUAGUGCGUACGGCCCAGUACAUCACUGGGGCCAAGCUUCCUACCAUCCAGGACCUCUAUACCAGGCGGUGUCAGAGGAAGGCCCUAGAAAUUGUCAAAGACUCCAGCCACCCUAGACUGUUCUCUCUGCUACCGCACGGCAAGCGGUACCGGAGCGCCAAGUCUAGGUCCAAGAGGCUUCUAAACAGCUUCUACCCCCAAGCCAUAAGACUCCUGAACAUCUAAUCAAAUGGCUACCUAGACUAUUUACAUUGACCCCCCGCUACUCGCUGUUUAUUAUCUAUGUAUAGUCACUUUACCCCUACCUACAUGUACAAAUUACCUCAACUAACCUGUACCCCCGCACAUUGACUCGGUACCGGUACCCCCUGUAUAUAGCCUCAAUAUUGUUAUUUUGUGUUACCUUUUUAAUUAAUGUUUUAUUUAGUUUAUUAAGUAAAUAUUUUCUUAACUCUAUUUCUUGAAUUGCAUUGUUGGUUAAGGGCUUGCAAGUAAGCAUUUCACGGUAAGGUCUACACCUGUUGUUUUCGGCGCAUGUGACCAAUAAAAUUUGAUUUGAACGGAACACAAAUUGAACGAGUUCAGUCUUAUAAAUAUCUUGGUAUCUGGCUAGAUGAUAAGUUGGUGUUUUAAAUCACAUGUUACUGAGCUGGUAAAUAAAUUGAAGAUCAAAUUUGGAUAAUUUUACAGAAAUAGAGCAUGUGUAGUCUUUUGAUAAUAGAAAGGAAGUUGUCCAGGCCAUUUAUGUCUGUUUUAGAUUACAGGGAUAUAAUCUACAUGCACACAGCAGCUUCCACACUUAAAUCUCUAGAUGCUGUUUUCCAUUGUAACCUUAGAUUCAUUACAGGUGAUAAUUUUAGAACUCACCAUUAUGUAUUGUAUCAAAAGGUGGGUUGGGCCUCUGUAUGUAAGAAGAGAGCAGCAUUCCCUUUUUGUUUAUUUGCAAAGCGCUCGUGUAGAAACUUCCAAUGUAUCUGACAACACUAAUCAAUGUCAAAACAAUCAAAUGCAGUACAAGAGCACAAGAUUGCAUAGUGCUAGAGGUUCCAAAGGUGGCUUCUUAUUUACGGAGAGAUACUUAUAGUUUUUAUGCUGCACAGAUGUGGAAUAUGUUGCAGGGGAGGCUUGAAUGCCCUUUAGGAUGUUCUAAGUGAAGAUAGUUUGUUUUUUAUGAUCAUGUUUUGUCAUUUAAUAUUUUGUAUUCAAGUGUGUGUUUUGUAUUGCGCAGGGCUCAUUUGAAAGAGACUUUGUCUCAAUGUGACACCCUGUUAAAACAAAGGUUAACAAAAAAAAAAAAAAAAAAGUAAGAUCACAUGUUGAGGCCAAAAAUAUCACACUGGAAACUUUGUCCAUGUCCCCUGUAGCUUAGUUGGUAGAGCAUGGCGCUUUGCAACGCCAGGGUUGUGGGUUCGUUUCCCAUGGGGGGCCAGUAUGAAAAAUGUAUACACGCACAAACUGUGUCUGCUAAAUGACUAAAAUGUCAAAUGUAAAUGUUUAGAUUUUUCAAAAGUACAUUUAUAAAGUAAACUUGUAUGUUUCAAUUUUUACCUAAGCGAACAAUAAUGUAUUGUUUUCUUGGUUUUCAGACAUGCUGCUAUAUCUUGGUCAUCUCCAUAGCCAAUAUUGCUAACUUGGCCAGUACUGCCAUGUCCAUUACCAUCCAGCGAGACUGGGUGGUGGUUGUGGCUGGACAGGACAGCAGCAAGCUGGCAGGUCAGUCUCCAUGGGAAACCAGCCCAAAUCAAUAGGGCUCAUGUGACCGGGCCUUUAUCUCCUUGCAGUGGCGUGACUUUGAACCCAAUCAAAGCUAAAUCACUAAUUGUUAUUUUAUAACUGCCCCGGUUUCACCUUGGUUCACCAAUGCUAUCAAACAGAUUUUAACACAGUAGAAAUGCAACACUUCCGAACAGCUAAUCUCAAAGGAAUUGUUUCACAAGCCAUAAAGACCCACGGUUCACAAAUGACCAGAGCUAUGUGCUACAGUUUGCUUAUCUGCACCAGUGAAGUAAAGUAACCUGAAGUGCAUUGCAGCACUGUAUAACCUUCAUGAAAUCUAUAAAAAUCCCUGUCAUAUGAAUUUGUUUCCUGUGGACAAUGGACAAUAAAAUAAUUCUGUGCUUCUUCAAUAGACAUGAAUGCCACAGUGCGGAUCAUCGACCAGCUAACAAACAUCCUGGCACCUAUGUUGGUGGGCCAGAUCAUGACUUUCUGCUCCAACUUAAUUGGCUGCGGCUUCAUCGUCGGCUGGAACUUGUGUUCUAUGUGCCUGGAGUACUGUCUGCUGUGGAAAGUCUACCAGAAAAUUCCAGCACUGGCCAUGAAGGCUGGCAAGAAAGAAGACUACCAGGAACUGAAACGACUGAACUCCCCGAAAGGUAUGUUCUAGCCCUCCAGUUCUCUGAAAUAUCAAUGAACAUCGCUGAUAGAUAUCAUGUCUUAACAUCAGUGUUCUUGUAAUUGCUUUGUCAACCAAAUAUAAAUAUGUUGUUGAGGUGGCCCUCCCUUAAAGAAAGACUAAAUGCUGAGAUCUGGGCCUGUAUCCACAAAGCGUCACAGUGUAGUAGUGCUGAGCUAGGAUCAGUUUUGCCUUAUAGAUCAUAAUGAAUUAUAGUCUUGAUUGAAGCUCAAUAUUAAACUCAAAUCUCCCUACCAUCAUAUCUAAGCCAAUGUGACACCAAUGUCUACAAAACACAACCCCCGCCUCUUGUCAUGAGCUGUCCGGUCGUUACCGAGAACCACAAACCGGGUCGUUAGCAUUAGGGAAAAAAUACUAUUUCUUGCCCCGACCAAGCUCAAUAUCUAUCUAGGCGUCGGAUAAGAACGAGACUACAGCGUCCAUAAAGUGGUCAUUAGACUUGCCACCUUUCGGACAGAAUAUGUUUGUAGGGGCAACAGUUUUGAUUACAUUUAUAAUUUAUCGCUUUCACGUGCACAUUUCUGUCCAUUUUAAGAACCAACGAUGUGCUACCAUUUUGUAGCAUUUCUGACAACGCUAACAUUUUUUUAGCCGAAGCUCAGAGUUCUAACACCUGGUCUGUUGCUCGGCAACAACACAGCUGCUUGCACCAGGCUGCCAAUCAUAAGUGUAUGUGAACAAACCUAGGCUACUGUAGAUGGCUAGCUAUAUGGUGGUAUUCAAGUUGAGGUUAAUCAAUAAAUGCAAACAGAUAUUUUGAUUAGCUAGCUAGCUAACGUUAGCUAACAUUAGGUUGUUGCUUGUCCAAAGUCCAGCAGCUAGCCUCUGUAGCUAGCUAACACCAGUCAGCUGAACGCUAGCUAGACAACAACCAGGUAAAGAAAGGUUGCUAGCCAAUUAAUAUUUUUUUUAGUAGCUAGCUAACAUCGCUAUCUAGCCAGCUAGCAAACAUAACGUUAUACUAGUCAGAUGAGAGCUAACGUUGGCUAGGUAGCUAACCAUGAAGCGAGGAAAGCUAGUGGGCUUGGGCGGUAUAUCAUAUAUCUGGGUAUUUGGAAAUAGCCACGGGAUAGUUGUUCAAUACCGUCAACUAUUUAUUUGAAGUUUAAUACAUUUGAAUAUUUAUAGCUACUUUAAGUAAAUACCUGCAGUCAAGUUGUGCAAUACGUUAAGAGAUAAAAAAGAUUGCGUUCUUCAUUUCUCCCAGUGGCGACCCGUCAUUCAGAGCCCCACCUGUUUAGCUAAAAAAAAUUACGUCUAUUUUUGGCUUUCUUGAGUAAGGCAGCUCCAAAAUGCAGGUGUUUCAGCCUAGCUCAAUGCUUUCUGUGGUGAUGGGGCAGCCAGCGGAAAAUACAGAGCGUAGGGGUUGGUAAUGUUCUCUAGUUGCAGCAUGAUUGGCUCAGUGUUCUGUCACUCAUGGGGACACUAUGUCACCGCAAAAUCUACGGGUAGAGCUCGAAAAUUCAAGCCCCUUUGGUGCUUCCAUAGUUACAUUAGAAGUGCCCAUCCAAGAAGGCUCAAGGUCAUUGGCCACAGAUAAAACAACGUCAAAUCACGUUAUAGCUACAGUAGCUUUGAUUGGACUGAUCAUGUCAACAUCAUACUUUCAACAUCUUAUCUAGCAAGCUAGCAGUCAUCAUCAUGAAUCAAGUCGACAAUCUACUGGCAAAUCCUUUUCAAUCCUUGUCAUAUGAAGAGAAAUUAUAGAAAAACGUAUCGGUGCUCAUCGGCCAUUAGACAUAUACAUUACACAACAAGUUGGAAAUCGCAAAUUCAACAAUGAGUGGUUUGGAAGGAAUCAGUGGCUAACUGCAAGCAUUGCAAAGCAAUCACUAGCCUGCUAUUCAGUGGAGUGGGUGUGUGGUCCAAAUCUGGGUUUAAGGGUCUCUUUUCCAAGCUUAAAAGGAUAAACAUUCAACAUUAGCCAUGUUGUCAAUCCAGUAUGACUUUUGCUGCACUCAAAACAACUGCAAUCUCAGAAAUGGGAAAUCUCAGACUUCAGUGAGUUCAAGACAACUGGGAACUAGGAUAAAAACGAGCUCCGCCUGGGAAAAUAUGUUUUGAAUGGUCAUCCAACUCAGAAUUGCAAGUCGGGAACUCGGGCCUCUUUCUAGAGCUCCGACCUGAAGAUCACUGAUGUCUUCAUUAUUCGACCCGCGCCACCUUCCUGUUCAAGUGAGCACAGCACAACAAGGUGAAUCCAAAAAUGUCUUGUAUGCGUCUGCAUAAAUGAUGUAAUAUGCCAGGGAGAUAUGCAUACUGUAGCUAAGAAAGUAAUACUAAGUGUAUAUUGUGUAGUAAGCUGUUAGUAGCCCAUGUGCCUCACCCUAAUAAUUUGGUCAAUUUUCCUCUCAUAAUUUAGCAUACUGUUAUAACUUGGUGGUGCACAUUUAGCCUAUAGCCUGUUUUAGAGAUGUAAUCAACGAAUAUUGUAAGAGCUUUCAAUGUCUGCUUAUAUGCCCCCUUUAUUUAUCCUACAGUUCUGACUUGGUGUACAGGGAGAAUACUGUAAGAACGGCCCAUGUUCUGAAUUCUGUCGCUGUACAUUUCAAAAGUGCUGAACAAAUAGUUAUAUUGACUACGUCCGUCCUAGCUCGCUCAUUAAUGUCUUAAUCGAAAUUACGGAUUGCCUCAUCAGCUCAUCGUCCCCUGAUGCCAUAGUUUGUACAUCUCAAUUGUCAGUAGAAACCACAUUUGUUAAAGCCAGUAAGCCAUAUCAGCUAUGUUUUUUUUAAAGGCAGUAAAUGAGGCUAAAUUAACUGUCACUGCCAGACAUGGCUCCGCUGAUAGCCAGGUGUAGCAGUGGUAAGGUGUUGGGAUUGCUGUUGGGACAGCUUUACGUAGCACGCGUCAGGUGAUCUAGUUACAGUAUGGAAUUCACAGCUAAAUGUUUGCCAGCUAGACAUCUUAUAACGUUAACUGUCUAAAAUGUGCUAAAUGCUCUGCAGUUGUGCAUUUGGUUUGCAAAUUAAAUUUGCUAUCUAGCUAAGUGGUUAGCUUCUUCCAAAAUUAAGCUUCGCUUGGUAAGAGCACAGAAUCCCCUCCUGGAUCAAGAGCCUUGCCAUCUAAUAUUUGUUUUGUGCGUGCAGCAAACUGUAGGAUUUUUGAGUUACUUGUAUAACUUUGAGCUGGGAUGUCUGUCCUGCAAAUACUUUAGGUCAGUCUAUAAAAUGUUAGCAAUGCAUUUAGUUAGCACCCUCUAUGGGAUUUUUUCAUGUGGUUGUUAGCAUUGCUAACCUUCGGAUUACAAAGGCUCAGUGGGAUUUGAAAAUAGCAGCCCUUGUGUUCAGUGCAGGUAUUACCGAAUGUCCAGGUAUGGCACAAGGUCGGUAUGAAGGUAUGACAAUCUGGAUAACACCCAAGCCUAAAAGCUAGCUAUAUUUUGCCAAGAAAGUUUUUCAUAACUCAAUGUUGAUAAUAUAUCCUAGAAACAUUCUUCCACAAAACAUAGCAAGUUAGUUAAAUAGGUUCAACGCAGGUUCAAAGCCAAUGCCAAACUUGGGGAAGCUAGCUACCUACCUAACAAUGCAUGCAAUGGGCAUUGCAAAACUAGCUAAGUAGGCUACUCCAUAGGCCAAGCUAUGGUAAGACGAGGUAGACAGAUUUCAGACAGGACAAACACUGGAGUUAGCUAUGCUACAUUUCCUCGACUAAGAACAACCAAGACCACAACACAAACCAUAGCCAAGAAAACAAGUUGCUUUGUUAAGAAACAGUAAGAUAGCUAUGUUGAACAGCAUAUACAGUGGGGGAAAAAGUAUUUAGUCAGCCACCAAUUGUGCAAGUUCUCCCACUUAAAAAGAUGAGAGAGGCCUGUAAUUUUCAUCAUAGGUACCCGUCAACUAUGACAGACAAAAUGAGGAAAAAAAAUCCAGAAAAUCCCAUUGUAGGAUUUUUUAUGAAUUUAUUUGCAAAUUAUGGUGGAAAAUAAGUAUUUGGUCAAUAACAAAAGUUUCUCAAUACUUUGUUAUAUACCCUUUGUUGGCAAUGACACAGGUCAAACGUUUUCUGUAAGUCUUCACAAGGUUUUCACACACUGUUGCUGUGGUCUAAGGCACUGCAUCGCAGUGCUAACUGUGCCACUAGAGAUCCUGGUUCGAAUCCAGGCUCUGUCGCAGCCGGCCGCGACUGGGAGACUCAUGGGCGGCGCACAAUUGGCCCAGCGUUGUCCAGGGUAGGGGAGGGAAUGGCCGGCAGGGAUGUAGCUCAGUUGAUAGAGCAUGGCGUUUGCAACGCCAGGGUUGUGGGUUCGAUUCCCACGGGGGGCCAGUAUAAAAAUAUAUAUGUAUUCACUAACUGUAAGUCGCUCUGGAUAAGAGCGUCUGCUAAAUGACUAAAAUGUAAAUGUAAAUGUAUUUUGGCCCAUUCCUCCAUGCAGAUCUCCUCUAGAGCAAUGAUGUUUUGGGGCUGUCGCUGGGCAACACAGACUUUCAACUCCCUCCAAAGAUUUUCUAUGGGGUUGAGAUCUGGAGACUGGCUAGGCCACUCCAGGACCUUGAAAUGCUUCUUACGAAGCCACUCCUUCAUUGCCCGGGCGGUGUGUUUGGGAUCAUUGUCAUGCUGAAAGACCCAGCCACGUUUCAUCUUCAAUGCCCUUGCUGAUGGAAGGAGGUUUUCACUCAAAAUAUCACGAUACAUGGCCCCAUUCAUUCUUUCCUUUACACGGAUCAGUCGUCCUGGUCCCUUUGCAGAAAAACAGCCCCAAAGCAUGAUGUUUCCACCCCCAUGCUUCACAGUAGGUAGGUGUUCUUUGGAUGCAACUCAGCAUUCUUUGUCCUCCAAACACGACGAGUUGAGUUUUUACCAAAAAGUUAUAUUUUGGUUUCAUCUGACCAUAUGACAUUCUCCCAAUCCUCUUCUGGAUCAUCCAAAUGCACUCUAGCAAACUUCAGACGGGCCUGGACAUGUACUGGCUUAAGCAGGGGGACACAUCUGGCGCUGCAGGAUUUGAGUCCCUGGCGGCGUAGUGUGUUACUGAUGGUAGGCUUUGUUACUUUGGUCCCAGCUCUCUGCAGGUCAUUCACUAGGUCCCCCCGUGUGGUUCUGGGAUUUUUGCUCACCGUUCUUGUGAUCAUUUUGACCCCACGGGGUGAGAUCUUGCGUGGAGCCCCAGAUCGAGGGAGAUUAUCAGUGGUCUUGUAUGUCUUCCAUUUCCUAAUAAUUGCUCCCACAGUUGAUUUCUUCAAACCAAGCUGCUUACCUAUUGCAGAUUCAGUCUUCCCAGCCUGGUGCAGGUCUACAAUUUUGUUUCUGGUGUCCUUUGACAGCUCUUUGGUCUUGGCCAUAGUGGAGUUUGAAGUGUGACUGUUUGAGGUUGUGGACAGGUGUCUUUUAUACUGAUAACAAGUUCAAACAGGUGCCAUUAAUACAGGUAAUGAGUGGAGGACAGAGGAGCCUCUUAAAGAAGAAGUUACAGGUCUGUGAGAGCCAGAAAUCUUGCUUGUUUGUAGGUGACCAAAUACUUAUUUUCCACCAUAAUUUGCAAAUAAAUUCAUAAAAAAUCCUACAAUGUGAUUUUCUGGAUUAUUUUUUUCUCAUUUUGUCUGUCAUAGUUGACGUGUACCUAUGAUGAAAAUUACAGGCCUCUCUCAUCUUUUUAAGUGGGAGAACUUGCACAAUUGGUGGCUGACAAUACUUUUUUCCCCCCACUGUAUAUACUGAGAUCAUGUGACAUUUAGAUUGCACACAGGUGGACUUUAUUUAAGUAAUUAUGUGACUUCUGAAGGUAAUUGGUUGCACCAGAUCUUAUUUAGGGGCUUCAUAGCAAAGGGGGUGAAUACAUAUGCACGUACCACUUUUCCGUUAUUUAUUUUCUAUAAUUCUUUGAAACAAGUUAUUCUUUUCACUUCACCAAUUUGGACUAUUUUGUGUAUGUCCCUUACAUGAAAUCCAAAUAAAAAUCAAUUUAAAUUACAGGUUGUAAUGCAACAAAAUAGGAAAAACGGCAAGGGGGAUGAAUACUUUUGCAAGGCACUGUAUGUUGGUCUAUUUUACUUCAAACAAUGUGUAUGCAGGUUGCUUAGGAUUCAAACCUCAAAACAGCCUGUAAUAAUAUAUGGACAGAUCCUAGAUCAGCCCUCCUACUGAGACAUUUUGGAUACGGGCCCUGAUCUGUGUACAGUCGUGUGGCCCCAAAACUCAUGUCUAUCUGCUCUUCCUUCUCUGGUCUGCAGAGCUGGAGAACGGCCAUGGCCCAGUGGAAAGCUCCCAGCUCAUGAAUGAGACAGCUGUCGUCAAGGCCGACUCUCCCAAGAAGACUGGCUGCUGCUACCAGAUGGCGGAGCCCCUGCGCACCAUCCGUGACGGCUGGGUGGCCUACUACAACCAGUCCAUCUUCUUCGCUGGCAUGUCGCUGGCUUUCCUCUACAUGACAGUGCUGGGCUUUGACUGCAUUACCACAGGCUACGCCUACAUGCAGGGCCUCAACGGCUCUGUGCUCAGCCUGCUGAUGGGCGCCUCAGCUGUGUCGGGCAUCUGUGGCACGGUGGCCUUUACCUGGGUUCGAAAGAACUGUGGCCUGAUCCGCACAGGCUUCAUCUCGGGUGUGGUGCAGCUCUCCUGCCUAAUGCUGUGCGUGGCGUCAGUCUUCGCACCGGGUAGCCCCUUCGACCUCAGUGUCUCGCCCUUCCAGGACAUCUACAGCCACCUGACUGGGGAGAGCAGCGCCCUCCCGGAGGCCGCCCAUCCGGCUAGCGUGCCAACCAUUGAUGGUCAGGGUCUGCUGGUCAACGAUUCGACCGUGCCGCCCACCGAGGAACUGCCGCCUUUGCAGUCCUACCUGUCAGUCAGCUUGCUGUUUUCUGGGGUCAUUGCUGCUAGAAUUGGUGAGUAACUUGAAAGUCCACAUUGGGAAAAGCACUCAAUGAGUGCUACUAUGUCAUGUGUUAACAGUUACGCUGGCACAGAAAUUAAUUGUUUGAGGAAGGUCUAAAACAAUGUGUCACAGCGUUCCGUAGUGCAUGAACUUUGUUGUAUAAGGCAGGGGUUCCCAAACUUUAUGGGGGCGGGGACCCCUUUCGUGAUAGCAAAUUCGUCAGGGACCCCCUCAAAAUCAGAACACAACUUCGCCUUCAGAGUGCGAUAAAAAUAGCAUACAAAGAGUUUUACUAUGACAGCUGCAGUGCAUGGCCGGACUAACCAAGUCUCGGGCCCUGGGAGAGAACAUUUUGCUGCUCAUUUCCUGCAACUCCACACAUUAUGCCAUGGGGCAGAAAGAACGUUUUGCAGUUUUAAAGCUUAAAUUACAGUGCAUACAUGUUCAAAACAACAUUUUGAACAUGUAUGCACUGUAAUUUAAAUAUUAGGGAAUACAAGAAGUACCGAGUUGAAAAUGGAGUACUGUGGAUCCCUGUGAGUCUCCCUGGCCAUCCAUCUAAGGGUAUAUUGUAGAUUAAUAAUACUACAUUGUAUUGCACCCUCUAAACUUCUUCCACAGACCCCACAUUUGGUUAAUCUGUUGUUGCUAGAAAUAUGUAUUAAGAAAAAUUAAGAAAUUGAGACCUCCCCACUGGUAUAAGGCAGCAGCCACCACUUGGAGGGAAGUCGGCUCCAGAUCCGGUGUUAAUGUCUCCACAGAGAAAUAUUGGCAACCUUUGAUGCCAAUAUCAUCUGAUAAUUAGUCAUCGUUCUGAUUCUUUUCCUAUAUCAUAUUUAUGCAGCCGUAAAAAUGCCAUUCUGAAUUACUGCUGUGCUGUCUUCCCCUCUGCAGGUCUAUGGUCCUUUGACUUAACCGUGACCCAGCUCAUCCAAGAGAAUGUGAUCGAGUCGGAGAGGGGAGUGAUCAACGGCGUCCAGAACUCCAUGAACUACCUCCUAGACCUUCUGCAUUUCAUCAUGGUGAUUCUGGCGCCCAACCCAGAGGCCUUCGGACUGCUCGUCAUCCUCUCCGUCUCCUUUGUGGCCAUGGGCCACAUAAUGUACUUCAGGUUUGCCUUCAAGAGCCUCGGGCGGCGCCUCUUCCUCUGCUGCUCGCCAGAGCAGCAGACUCAGGCCUUCCCGGACUCUCCCUCCUCGCUUCCCACCACGGUCUAAUCCAUUAAAGAGACUAUUUCCCUGCUUACAGCUCCGCCUGCAGUGCACACAAAUGCCCCCUCCUCCUCCAGCCCCCUAGCCAUCAACCUAAACAUGCUUGUAGCUCCCGCAGGGCUAAUGUAUUUACUUUUGCGACUUACCCUAGCAUGUGCUGUCCUUUGCCAUUGUAGAUAGCAUUUGCCGUUUGCCGAUGGAGGAGCGCAGUGCGGCCGUAGACAUAGAGGAGCCCCUCUCAGACAAACAACCCAGAACGUUUGAGGGCUUAAGUGUCACAAAUUAACCAUCACUUCUCCCUACUUCCCUCCUUCCAAUAUUGAAAUGUAGCUCUUGUCAUGCAAGACAUGCAUGCAUUCAGCUUAAAAGCUAAAUUAGGGUGGAAAAUUGCAGGUAUUGCUGCUUGCAGUUACUACGGUUACAGCAGCGUACUGCUCAAGUAUGUGCUGUGGCUCUAGUGCUGUUUGCAUCUCAUUACAGCUCCGCAUCAGCCGUGGGAUUCCUAUUUCCACUUUGAAGCCAUUUGUUUCUCAGUAGUUUAUUGGUGCUAUAAACAUUCAUGUUAGCAUUUCAGAAGCGUCAAUUACUUCAGCUUUAGAUUAUCGGUUUCACCAGUGAGAAACAGGUUCUUGCUUAUUUCUCUUUAAUACAUGGUUAUGCUAAUUAUUUAUUCAAGGUGUGCAGAUACUUAUGUUUAUCUAUAUACAGUGUACAAAACAUUAGG